AUGGGCGGGGCAGGAACCCGGUGGGCACCCAGGGCACCGGCGCCGCUCUGGCCCCUCUUCCUGGCACUCUAUGGUCCCUUUGGACGCCGGUGCCGCUCUGGCUCCAUGGCCGCCCCGCCGCCGGACCCGUGGGCCCUUCUGCCGCCCCACAAGCUCCAAGCUCUGGCCCGCGCUUGGUUGGAAGAAGACGCCGCGGCCCCGGACCCGGCGUCCUCGGCCGUGGGUCGCGCCCCACGGCGGGCCGAGCUGCUCUGCAAAUCGGAAGGGGUGCUGGCGGGCGCGCCCUUCGCCGAAGCGGCCUGGGUGGAAACGGGGUGCCGGGUGACGUGGCGGGUGCCGGAAGGUUCCCCGUUACCCGCCGGGAGGACGGUGGUGGCCGAGGUGGAAGGACCCGGCGCCGGCUUGCUAUUGGCCGAGAGGGUCGCGCUCAACUGCUUGGGGCGUUGCAGCGGGGUGGCGACGGCCGCCGCCCGGGCGGUGACGGCGGCCCGGGAAGCCGGUUGGGCGGGGACGGUGGCCGGGACCAGGAAGACGACGCCCGGGUUUCGAUUGGCCGAGAAAUACGCUUUGGCGGUGGGAGGGGCCGAGCCCCAUCGCUACGGCUUGGGGGGCGGGCUCCUGCUGCUGAAGGAUAAUCACCUGCUGGCCGCCCCGCGCCCCCCUCGAGCAG